UCCCCCCCUUUCCCUUUCCCUUCCCCACCUCUCCGCCCUUCCUCCGCCUUCUCCCUCCGCCCCCUUCACGCCGCGCUCCGCUCUCCCUCACACACACACACACAAACACGCCCGCACGGAGCCAUGCCGAAGAGAAAGGCUGAAGGAGAGACCAAGGGCGAUAAGGCCAAAGUUAAGGAUGAGCCACAACGGAGAUCAGCGAGGUUAUCUGCUAAGCCCGCUCCUCCCAAGCCAGAGCCUAAACCUAAAAAGGCAGCUCCAAAGAAGAGCGAGAAGUUGCCCAAGGGAAAGAAGGGGAAGGGUGAUGCUGGCAAGGAGGGAAACAACCCUGCAGAAAAUGGAGAUGCCAAAACAGACCAGGCACAGAAAGCCGAAGGUGCUGGUGAAGCCAAGUAAAAUGUGUGAAUUUUUGAUAACUGUGUACUUCUGGUGACUGUACAGUUUGAAAUACUAUUUUUUAUCAAGUUUUAUAACAAUGCAGAAUUUUGUUUUACUUUUUUUUAAGCUAUGUUGUUAGCACACAGACCGCUUUGUUGUUGUGUUGGGGGGGGGGGGUGGGGCAGUGGGGACAAAUGUCACUUAGUCUAUUUCUCAGAACCUAAAUUUUAAUAAGAAAAGUUAUCCCCGUCUCCCAGUUUUUUGGAAGAAGAGCUCUUCCUGAAUAGAGGAGGAAGAGAUCCCUUCAUGCUGCACACGUGUUGAGCUCUGUGAAGUGCAUCCGACUGAACAUCAAAGCUCCCAAGAUGCCCAUUGCUCACUUCCAAACGGCAGUUUGUAGAUCCCUUUAUGUUCCCUUUGGUGUCCACGUUGCUUACCCAGAUCCAUCACUCCGAAACAAUGGCAAAACAGGAAUUUUGGGACUUGCCAUCCAGUGUGUUGUCAGGGUGUCCGGUUCGGGGGUACAACAGCUCUGCCAGGAGCUGCGCUUCCUCUUUUAUAUUGUGGAUCUUCAGAUUAAGAAACCUGCAUUUUAAGUUUUGUUUUCCUCUCAAAGUCAGGGUAGGUUUGUGAAGAGUUGUUAAACAACAUGCUAAAUGUGAAAGUGUCCACCCUCACUCUAAACUUUUCUCUCUACCAAGUAUGAAAUGAAGAUUCUUCGGUUUUAUAGCAACUUUUACGUUCUGGUAGUCCAUGGAGGGAGGGGAAUUUGACAGUUGUUGUAAAAUGUUGCAGAUUGUAGCCCAUGUCCUGCCUAAAUUACCAUGAUUGUUUAUGAAAAGUACCUUUAAUAAAGCUGGAUACGGUUUGGCUUGGACUGUU